ACGCCCCCCACACUCCAUUAAUAAUCCAGCCGCUGUGGUUAACUACUUAUCUAUGACCUACUGAGUAUACAGUGAUUCAAAGAGUUUCUUGAUUGCAUCAUUCAUAGCUUCUAGCAUCAUCAUCAUGUCCACAAAGGUGUUUGUGACCGGAAUUACCGGCUAUAUCGGAGGCGACGCAUUCCACCUCAUCCAGCAGAACCAUCCGAACUUCGAGUUUUCAGCCCUGAUUCGAACUGAGGACAAAGCUCAGCAAGUACGCGAGAAGUAUCCAAAGGUGCGGGUAGUCCUGGGAGACUUGGACGAUGCAGACAAGAUUGCCAAAGAAGCUGCAUGGGCAGACAUUGUGAUUCAUACUGCCGAUGCAUCGGAUCAUGUUGGGGCCGCAAACGCCAUCGCAAAGGGGAUGAUCGAAGGCCAUAGUCCCGAACGGCCGGGAUACUGGCUGCAUACCGGCGGUACCGGUAUCUUGACCUACUUUGAUUCAGAAGUACGCAAGGUCUCUGGCGAGCCUGACGAGAAGGUGUUUAACGAUUGGGAUGGCGUUGACGAACUGGUUAAUCUUCCUGCAGCUGCAUUCCAUCGGAAUGUGGAUGAGAUCGUGUUGAACAUUGGUACCAAGUAUGCCGACCGUGUCAAGACGGUCAUUGUAUGCCCUCCUACUAUUUAUGGCCGUGGUAGGGGACCUGUGUCAGGUCGUGGUCGACAGGUCUAUGAGUUGGCCUCGUUUAUCCUGACGCAGAAGUAUAGCCCCCAAUUAGGAAGAGGCUUGGCUCGGUGGAACAAUGUGCAUGUCUACGACCUGAGUAGGUUAUAUGACGGCCUAGUGCGGGCUGCUCUGGACCCUGCAAGAAAGGACGACAAGGAAAUUUGGGGCGCCAAGGGCUACUUUCUUUCUGAGAAUGGAGAACAUGUUUGGGGGGACCUAUCCAGGCUGAUCGGUCAGCAAGCUUUCAAACAUGGCCACCUUACGCAGGAACCAGAGCAUAAGGGAUGGUCACUUGAGGAAGCCCUGAAAUCACCCGCAGGCUUUGAGGCUGCUAGCUGGGGCUUCAAUUCCAGAGGUGCUGCUCUUCGAGCGAGGAACGUGUUGGGUUGGCAGCCCCAAGAGCAGAGCCUUGAGGCCGAGAUCCCUGAAAUUCUCCGCGCUGAGGCAGCUAGGCUAGGCCAGUGAGUCUCGCAUUCUCUGGACCGGCAUGAAUUGAGAAUUAGCACUAUGAAUAGGCAGUUAUCAAUGAAUGAGAUUCCCACGGAUACAGUGUGCGGUGAUGGGCAUUAGUUCUAUCUAAAAUUGUACCCUUUCACAGGGAUGAGCCAUUGUGCACCACAACU